CUCCCCACCACCUUAAUCGAUAGAAUGGAAUCAUAAUAUGCUGUUCUCACUGAAUCAUGGACUUUUGGUCUCGUCUCAUUGGCGGCUCCCGUUCGCUUUCCACUAAGAGCUACCGCGCAACCUCCCCUACUGAACGUCUGACGGCGUUCAAACGAACUUGCAAUACGCUUCAGCAAAUAUGGCGCUCCAGCAACUCCCCUUCCGGCGACCAGGCCGCAACGGCUCACGCGCGCAAUUGCAUCGAACGUCUCAACUCCGUCCUCGCCGAUGAAUCCCGUGGCCCAGCUCCUCAUCCUUGCCUAGCAUAUGCGUCUUCUUCUCAGAUAUUCGUGACCGUCACUAAGCUGGCGUUGUCGUCUUAUGAUGAUGGGAUGCUUCGUUCUGCGACUAUCUUCUUCAACACCCUGAUCGACGCGGAGGUAGAUGGCGUCGUGGAUAAUCGGCUUUUUGCCCGCGCCCUUGUGGAUUUGGUCCGCCGCGCUGAUAAACGAUCGGAAGAAAUUGAGGGAAGAUUGGUCGAGCUGUUGUUUGGCGUGGCCAACAACAUUCGUCUGCAACCUAAUAUCUUGCCCGCUUGGUUUAUGCCGAGGUCGCCCGACGGUCAGGAUGGUGAGCGACAGACUACCACUGGAAAAGAGUUUGCGGGUGAAACAAGAAAAGAUGAUUUCCCUCUGUUUUAUCUACUAGUUGAAUAUGUUCAUCAUGAAGGACGCGCAGGAGAUUUCGCUCGCACAGGCUUGCUCUACCUGAUUGAGACUGCAUCCCGAUCAAAGCAUCUGGAGAGAUGGUUAAUUGAAAGUGACCUCGCAACCCUUAUGGCGACCGGUUUGGGUGCUCUUUAUAGUCAGCUUGGCAGCUUGUCCUUUGCGACAGACGAAGAGAAUGUUCCGCAUAUUAUUGCUCUGUCGGACCAUGCUAAGCAGGAAACCGCCAUUCCGCCAUACCUCGGUGCACCUAUGAACUCAUUCAUGUCGUACCUUUUGUUCUGGCAGGAUACGAUCGAUCACUGCAAAUCCGCUGAAGUGAACGCUACCUUGUUGGAUCACUUUCAGGUUCUGUUCCUGGAGCAACUCCUCUACCCAUCUUUGCUAGAGUCUUCCGAUGUUGAAGGAGGCUCUACAGCCGCAGUUCUUACCUAUCUAUAUCGCGUUCUCGACUCCAUUGAACAGCACGACCUGGUCCAUCGCAUCCUGCACUUUCUACUUGCAUCGCCUGACCAGCCGGUCAAAAGCUUGGACAUGUCGGUCAGCCGACGAAAGUCUUUGGACGUCCUGGCCGCCUUCUCAGAGGAGGCUGCUAGACCAUCACCGUCCCUCUUCAACCUUAAAGAUCUAGCAUUGCUUGGUCUUCAAUCGAUGAACCGCCAGACGAUCCUAGCGACGCUGAGGCUCUUGAAUAUUGUUUUACAGCGGCAUCCUUCGUUCGCCCGAUCACUGAUUCGGACCAUUUCUGGGCAGCCCUCGAAGCAGCGAACUGUAGGCGCCCUGAAUGCAGAGUUGGGGAACCUUCUUUCGAUGGCUACAUCAAUUGUCGAUGAUCCCACCCUAAACGAGUCCUAUGAAAACUACCUAAAAGAUGCGUCGUAUAUCCUGGAAUCCCGCUUGUGCAUCCCGGUGAAUGAGGAAAAUAUCGAAGACGACCGACCGCUGGAGCUGCGACUCGACGACCCUAUUGUACGGGAGCUGUUGAGUUGCCUAGAAACCUUUUUCACCAACAGUGUUGUUGUCAACUUGGCUCUAACUGAGACUCUGAUGAGUAUCGCCUCAUCGCAUCUCGUGUCUUUGGAUGGGUGGCUCCUGGUCGACCCCUCCAAGUACGAGUAUCCCACCGAAAUUACACCUUCGGUGGAUGCCAUGGCACAAGUUAUACUUGCAUACCAGGAGCCAACGUGGUCUAGCGCCAACACACCGGCCCUAGCUUCUGUUCUGCAGGACCUUGUACAGCAAAUUCAAAAUUGGCGCAAAGAGAUGCCAGACUUUGAUAUUCUAGUUGCUGCGCGGAGGGACUUGCUCCACCAGGAGGGUGAGAGUACACCAGCUCCCAAUACCCCGCGACAGGCAUCCGGAACCCCAUCUUCAGAGCGACAGCAGACGCGCUCAUUACUCUGGGAAGCUGACUUCAGUUCGCCACGGGGUCGUACAUCCCGACCGCUGGAGAAUAGUGCAUCGCCCUCAUCGCAGCGAGGCGCAGCAGACUCUCCCUUGCGCGACUCAAUUCGGGUACCACCAUCGCGCGAAUCGUCCACGUCACGGGCUGUUGCAGCAGAAGAGCUACGAAAACGACUGGCCAGGCCGUUUCAUUUUGGUGAGCCCAGCAAGAACAACUCAGCCAAUGAAGAUCCGGACGAAACCGCAAACGAACCGGUUGAAGAAAACCCGGACGAAGCAAUUGCCGAUGAACGGCCCCACUCCGCAUCGCUGGGCCAUGUAUUGACCAACGUGGUCAUUCUGUAUGAGUUUUUACUGGAGCUUUCGGCCAUGGCGCAAGUUCGGGGUAGUUUGUUUGAGGAAGCGGGCUAUCCGGGAGUGGAGAAGGAGGCAGAAUGAGAGGAUCUUGUAAUAUUGUAGUAGGCAGGCACCUACAGGGGAGGAAAGCGUCAUUUUUAUUCCGAUAUUCUGAACUGACUGUUGAAUUAUUUAGAUAACUGUAGAUGUAUAGAAAUGUAUCUAUGUCAAUUUGAUCCUAGCAUUCUUCCUGUAUUCUUCGCAUCUUCU